ACUUAAUGUUUAAUCGUUGUUUGUAAAAAAAGAAGUUAAUAAAAAAAGUUUUAAAUGAUGUUUUUAAAAGCAUGGAUAUGAAGACUGAAGUUAUACGAAAAAGUUUUAAAAAUAUAAAAAAGUUUUGUAUUAUUUUUAUUGGAGUUUUACUUCUCGCGCUUUUUUUUUACUAUCGCUUCAAGUAUCUUGGUCGUGUCAGCAUGAACUAUGAGAAAAACAAAUCUAACGAAAAAAUAAUGCGUUACAAAAAAGAUAAAUUGUUAUUCACACCGGAACUUAAAGAUAACUUAUUCUUGCUUAUCUUAGUAAGCAGUAGUCCUCAUGAUGAAAGACAUAGAGAAAAAAGAGAAGCAAUUCGUAAAACAUGGGGAAGAUGUAAACAUUUACACACGUUGUAUAAAGAAUCAAAAUAUAUACCCAAAAAUAUUACAUGUAAAUUAGUUUUCUUCAUGGGAACAACAAGAAACCCAACUCGUAUAUCAGAUGAAGCGGAAAAAUUUCAAGAUAUUAUUGUAGUUGAUUAUAUAGACACUUAUGAUUUAAUAACGAGAAAAUUAUUAGCAACUUUUAAAUGGAGUAUGAAAUACAAACCAAAGUUUAUUUUGAAAGCAGAUGAUGAUGUUUAUAUCCAUCUACCACGGUUGAUAAUGAAGCUACAACAUGUCAAAACGCAAAAUUAUUAUGGUGGUGUUGUUUUCCAAACAACUGUGUCACGUGACAAAAGCCAUAAACAUUAUGUAUCACACAGAUAUUUCAAUGAGACUUGGUAUCCUCCGUUUUGUUUAGGAGCUUUAUUUGUAUUCACAGGAAGCAUACUUCAAUCUCUUUUGCAAGCUACAAGCACUAACCCACCUUUCAGUGUAGAUGAUGCGUACGUCGGAACUUUAAUGAACCAUCUAGGUGUCAGACCACAAAGCAUCGAUGGAUUUGUCAAAGUUAGUUUUCAACCGUUACUUAGUGAGAUACAAGAUUGCUCCCUUCAUAAACUUUCUGGAUAUAGUGACAGUUUAACGCCAAAUCAGAUCACCCAUAUGCAUGAACGUAUACUGUUCCUAAGUAACCAAGCUACGUUUUGUUUACAACUUGAAAAGAAAACUUAUUUUGUUAGCCUGAUAGGCUUUUUAUUUCUUUUCCUGUUCUUAUUUCGUGUAGAACUCAAAACAAGAUUUGGAGCUGUAAGAUUUUAAAAACAAGAACUAAAGAUUGCUAUUUUUUAAAUAUGGCUGCUCGUUUUUUUCC